AUGACUGAAAACUUCACGUGUAACACCAACUUUUUCACCUCACCCAAUUUUCUAAGCACAUUUGGGCAUAUUCUUACUGUAUUCUCCACCCCCGUACACAUUCUUGGGGUAUACUGUAUUCUGUUCAAGACGCCGAGCUCUAUGAAAACUGUAAAAUUGAGUUUGUUGAAUUUACAUUUAUGGACUAUUUUAUUGGAUUAUUCAUUGAGUUUAUUUGUGAUCCCUUAUGUUAUGUGGCCAACGAUGGGAGGGAUUACUUUGGGCGUUUUUCGGUUUAUUGGGAUUAGUACAGCUACACAAUUUUAUUUAAUGCUUACUUUGAUUGCUUUAACCUCCGUCUCCAUCCUCUCCAUGUUCGAAUACCGCUUCAAUGUUCUAUUCAUAAAACCCCACGACUUCUGGUUCAAAGCCAGAAAACCAUGGCUAUUUCUCCACUACCUUUAUGCUAUUCUCUAUAUGAUUCCCCCAUUUUAUGACCCUGGCAAUCAAAGUGCCAUUCUAUUAGAGGCAAGAAAACUGGUUCCCUGUAUUCCAGAAUAUAUCGAAAACCCUCCAUCCUUCAUUCUAAGUUUGAAUAUCACGUAUUGCUCAACAGUGGUAGGAAUUAUAGUAAUUGAUAUUUGUACUGAAAUUUUAUUUUUCUUCUUCUACAUUUAUUACAAAAUUUUGAAGCAAGUCAAGGCAAGAAGAAUGUCGAAACGGACAUUUAAUCUUCAAAAAGUCUUACUUCUUGCUCUUUUUAUACAAGUUAUGAUUCCAUUGAAUCUUUUCAUUUUUCCAAUUUUCUACUCAACAUUUGCAACAUUAUCUGGUUAUUAUAAUCAAGGGUUUAACAAUUUAGCAAUGGCAACUGGAUCAACUCAUGGAAUUUGUUCUACAGUAACCAUGCUUUUUAUACAUUCACCUUAUCGAAGUUUCAUUUUUGGAAAACGGACGGUUAACCGCAUGGAAACGGUUUCAACGAAACUUUCUGUUGUUAUGGUCUAA